UUCUUCCUGGGAAAGAACCAGAAUCUCCGUCGUCAUUACUUCUCCCUUACAGACCAGCAGCAACAGACCUCCAAAUGCAUUUAAUAAAAACACUAAACGGGAACUUGGUUUGGAGGUAAACUUCACAGGGUACAGAAAAAACUUAAAUUUGGCCAUAUUCAAUUUCAUAACAACUGGUCAAACUCCAUGCCUUCAUGUUACAGUUUAUUUGUUUUAUUUGUUUUUCAGAAAUGGCCUCCAGCAACAGUCUUCUGUCUGAGGACCAGCUUCUUUGUCCCAUCUGCCUGGAUGUGUUCACUCGGCCAGUUUCCACACCAUGCGGACACAACUUCUGCAUGUCCUGUAUCACGUGCUACUGGAACGGCAUCCCAGUCAGCCAGUGUCCGGUCUGUAAGCAGAGUUUUGAAAGGAGGCCGGACCUUAAGGUCAACACUUUCAUCUCACAUCUCGCAUCGCAGUUCGUGUCGCUUCAAGUGACCGACGCUCACAUCUGGAGCCCGGACCAACAGCAGGCUCGCUGUGGAGGAGCGGUGCUGUGUGACAUCUGUACUGACGCCCAGCGAGAGGCUGUCAGAUCCUGUCUGGAGUGUUUGACCUCUUACUGCGACGUCCAUCUAGAGCCUCAUCACAGAGCUGCGGGCCUGAAGAGACACACACUGGUUAAGCCCGUGGCGAGCCUGGAGGACAAGAUCUGCAAGGAGCACCACAGACUCCUGACGUUGUUCUGCAGGAAUGACGGGGUUUUGCUGUGUGAAGUCUGCGCCGGUUUACACCACGUGAACCAUGACGUCGUUUCUGUGCAGCACGCGCACAGAGAGAUGAAGGCUCUGCUGGGGGACACUGAGGCCAAAGUGCAGCAGAUGAUCCAUGAAAGGCUGCAGAAGGUCCGAGACAUGAAAGUGACAGUAGGACAAAACAGGACAGAAACCAAAAAUGUGAUAGCGAACAGCGUGCAGAACUUGACGGCGCUGAUCUCUGAGAUCCAGACAGAGGUUGUGAAGGUGAUCGAGGAGAAGCAGAAAGCGGCAGAAGACCAAGCAGCUGGGUGUAUUGGCAGUAUGGAGAGAGAGAUCAUCGAGCUGCAGGAGACAACGAUGAAGCUGAGGGAGCUGAAACAGACUAAAGACCCGCUUUCUUUCCUCCAGAACUCCCCAAACCCACCCAUCCUACCCCACACAAUGGACUUGAACACAAUCAGGUUUAAUGGACAAGUGGAGAUACUCCACAUACAAAGAUCUUUCAGCAAAGCAGUCUCUGAGCUGCGAAUGAUGCUGAAUAAAAUGAGCACAGAAGUACAAGACGUCUCUGACGUCACAGACGUGUCUAACGAUGCUACGCUGAGAUGCAUCCAGCAGUAUGAAGUGGACGUGGUGCUCGAUCCCGAUACAGCUCACCCUCUGCUCUUCUUAUCUGAUGACAGGAAACAGGUGGGACUUAGGAUGGGUUUACGUCCAAUGGUAAACCUGACACCGAAUAUGUUUACAGAACAUCUCGCAGUUCUGGGACAGAGAGGCUUCUCGUCACGUAGGUUUUACUUCGAGGUGUUCGUGGGAGGAAAGACUGAAUGGAGUCUGGGCGUGGCCAAGGCGUCUGUCCAGAGGACGGGGCUUGUUCGAAGUCCUCACUUUGGACUCUGGGCCAUCUGGUUCAUAAAGGAUAAGAUCGAAACCUUCAGUUCUCCAAACGUGCCGGUACACUUUGGGAGAGUGGAGCGGGUCGGCGUGUUUGUAGAUUAUGACGGAGGGCAAAUCUCUUUCUACGACGUACAGACCGCAACUCUCAUUUACUCGUUUCCUAAGUGUGUCUUUACUGAAGAACUGCAUCCGUACUUUAACCCUUGUGAUAACGAAUACGGGUCAAACUUUGGGCCGAUGAUAAUUGUUCCUGUAGGCCGCACGGGGUAAUUUGUGGGUUAUUUACUAAAAUGCAACUGAUGUGUUUAAUUGCAAAAAAAAAAAA